CCUCUUCCUCCAUGAGCGUUGUUUGAGUUGUGGAGAGAGAAACUCUUUGUUUUAGUGAGAGAAACUAUGGACCCCCAUAGCUUCAUAGCUCGGGCGGAGGCGCAACGGUGGCUUGGUAUCGCCGAGAAGUUGCUCAUGGGACACGACCUUGUGGGCUCCAAGACAUUUGCGAUCCGAGCUMGAGAKUCCGACCCCAGACUUGAAGCUGCUGAYCAGAUCCUAGCAAUUGCAGAUACGCUCCUCGCCGCCGAGAAACGRGUCRUSGGAAACAACGGAGCUCAGCAGCCGGAUUUCUACGCGAUUCUCCAGCUCGUCCGGUUUGUUCAGGACACGGAGCACAUCGCGUCGCAGUACCGGCGUUUGGCUGUCAUGUUAAACCCUCAUCAAAACAGGUUCCCUUACUCCGAUCAAGCGUUUCAGCUAGUGAAUGAUGCUUGGGGCGUGUUGUCGAACCCUUUGAGAAAGUCUCUGUAUGAUGCGGACCUUGAUUUUCCGCAGCAGCAGCAGAUGAACCAUAUAGGGUUUAACCUCGAACAGCAUCACCACCAACAGCAUCAACAUCAUCACCAACAGCAGCAUCAACAUAAUUUUUUUUCACUGAAUCAUAUGGGGUCGGGUCACGAGCAGGAAUUGGCCGAGCCGCCGCAGACAUUUCAAACUAGGUUACAACGGAGUCAUCAACAGCAGCAACUGCAACAGCACAAUUUUCUAUCACAACCAAAUCCAGUUAGGCCAGUGCCUGUUCGUGAGCAGGAGCAUCUGUUUCAGCAACGCGAGCAGGAACAACUGUUUCAACCGCAGGUACAGCCGUUCCAAAUUACGUCCACACCGCAGCAACAAACUCGACCAUCACCACAACCUCCUCAGCCGCAGCCACCUAUGCGACAGCCGACUCCGCCUCCUCCUGCAGCACCACCACAACCCCCAUUGUCUUGGCCACAAUCGCCCCCACCAUCUCAGCCACAUUCGCAGCCGCCCCAGGCACAACCACAACCGCGGCAGCAGCAGAUGCCUCUACAGCCACCGCCACAACCACAAGCGCCAUUACCUCCACCACAAGUCCCACCACCACCGCAAACACAAACGCCACCACCACCGCAAACACAAGCCCCACCACCGGUGCAAAUACAAGCCCCACCGCCGCCGCCGCAACCUUUGCAGCCACAGCAACAGCGGCAGCCGCAGCAGGAACGAGAGCAACAAGAGGAAGAGCCGCUGGAACAAAAUGCUACCCCAGUCCAGCUUCCUAGUCAGGUUAAUAGUAACAAUGGUGUAAGGGAGGAAGAAAUAGAGAGAGAAACCGAGGCUGCUUCAGAGAAUAUCGAUGAGUCUCCUACGUUUUGGACUGCGUGUCCUUACUGUUUAUACAUGUAUGAAUAUCCUAGGGUUUAUGCGGAGUGUACCCUCCGUUGUGACAACUGUAAAAGGGCAUUUCAGGCCGUGCCAAUUCCCUCUCCCCCACCUAUAAUCGAAGGCCAGGAAGCCUAUUUCUGUUGUUGGGGGUCCUUCCCUUUAGGAGUUUCGAUAUCACAUCUGGAGAAGAACAAGGGUACGGGUAUAAACUCAAAUUGGACACCCUUUUCACCUUUUAAUGAGGUCUCAAGGAAUGUUCAGGACAAUUUAAACGAUAGCAUGGCCAAGAAAAGUAGAAGUUGGGGGCCACGUAUCUACAUAGACGAUGUUACUGAUGAUAUCUUUACUGGAAUCUCUGAACCUAGUGAUGAUUCUGAUGUUGAAUGGCGUAGUGCCAAGAAAAAGAAGGCCAAAAGGAUGAAGAAGGAUCUGGGUGAAAAAAGGAGAGCCAAAGGUCUAUCCGUCAGGGUGAAGGAUGCUAGAAACAGGAUGGGCAAGAAUCUGCAAAACAGUAUUACAGUGCAAGAGGGUGAGGGGGCAUCUACUGUGCCUAUGGCAGAGAGUAGCAAAAAACCAGUGGCGAGUAACCCAAGAAGACAAUCAGGUCGGGUUGCAAAAGAGUUGGGAAAGUUGGAUUUGAAUGUGGAAUUCAACAAUAAUGAAGGAGAAGAACCUGCUCCACGGAUGGCUGCUGGGAAUCGGGGGCAUGGGCAGGGAGAGGAAGACAACAUUGAAGGUAUCGGGUUCUUUGAAGGACUUGACGAAUUCCUUAGUAGUUUGCCAAUACUAUCUGUUGUGAAUGAUGAUAAGGGUAAGGCUGCUUAGUGAUGAGGUAAGACUCUUUUCUUGUUGUAGCUGUAGCUUGUAGUAGCUGUCGUAGUAUUAUCAAAUAAUGAACAAUGUAGAGUAGUUUGGUAGAUUUCUUAAUGUUAAUGCUAUUGCUACAAUCAGUUGUGAUGUAUAUCUGGCUGCAAAAUAUCAUUUACAGCCUCUUUGCUGUUUUUCAAGAGUUGGAAACCUUGCAUUCUCCAUCUUUAGCUUUACCUGCUUCAUGUGUGUACAAAUCCGACAAUUAUAUGGUGUUGGAUAAGGUCGAUAUCUAUUGCACGGUGAAUGGUGAUUAAGUCCUCACUUUUUCUAUUUGUCAAGUUAUUGCACCUUUCAGAAUUUUCAUCCUAGGUUGACACCGAUUAUAGUCUAUUAAGUUUGCAGCAACUGGUGGAUCCCUUUUCAUGCUCGUCAAGUUGCUUUGCUUUAAAAAAAUUCCAUGCUUGGUCUAGAAAUGAUCAUCUUUAACUUUCCAUUGUUGUAUGUCCAUCCUCUUGAACCAGAGGAAUGCAUUACAGUUUUGUUUCAAGUUUCAACUUUCUUGUUAGAACAUGGAGCUUUUGCUUAAUGAAUGCUAUGAUCAUUAUGAUCAUUCAUGUUUCUCAAAAUUCAUCUUUUUUCUUUUAAGUUCAUCUAUUGCAAAUUCUCUCUAUGUUUUGUUUCUCAAAAUCCAAACAUUUUUGCUUAUGAAUCACCACUUGCCUUAACAUCUUCCCUAUGUCAACGUCUAUUAAGACGGCUGAUGAUUGGUCUGUUACAACCAUACAAUUGUCUUAUGAUCGUGCUUUUUGGGCUUCACUGGAUUUCAAGGCAGCAUAAAUUCUCAGCACUUUAAAUUCUUCAAUCUUUUAUCAAUAGGAUUUCUUAUGUGGUUUCUUUGUAUUCACUUAAGCAUUAGGUUCCACUCAAGUAUCAGCAACCUACCCAAUAUCUUUACAUCUGUACCAACACUUUAUAUACAGAUUAGAGAAGGCAAUUCUUUUGUGCACCUUUUGCUUUGUUUUUCUGUCGGGGCUUAUUAAGAGAUGAAUUAGUUCUGCAAGAUUUGAUAGUUGUUGGCUAUUCCAUGUUAUGUAUGUUUUCCAAACUCAAUUUUGCAUUAAGAACCUCCAUGCUUCUUUGGCUACAUAGGUUAUCAUGGAUUACGUGGGCUGUAAAUCCUUUGUAUAUCCUUCUACUUGUUUGUGUUGCCGUCUUAUUGGAACGAGAGUAACAUAUUAUAUAAAUAUACUGCACUUAUUCCGUAUUCAGGUCAUUGGAUAUCCAAAUCUGUCUUCCUUCUUUGAAAAUUCAAAUCCUUCUAAAUUUUGUGCAUACAGAAUAUAGGAGGAAGCUCCUGUAUUUUUCUUCUAGCUAGAUCUAAGGUUUUUGGCUUGGCUCACAAAUCACAAGAUACAGAAAUGCUAGUGCUUUGGAAUCAUAACUUAGCCUUUUGUUUUCUUUAAAAGGUUUACCUUUGAUCUUGAAUGUUACAAAGCAAAACUUCAUAUCAUUCUAGAAUGAUGCAUUAUAUAUUGUUAACUAUGGUUUUGGAACAUGGCCACAUAUUGACAUCUUGCAAGUCACCAUAGAAACCAAGACACCAUGUUUCCUUAUUUAAGUUGUCAUGAUUUAAAUGUUGAUUUUAUAUUGAUGAAGGGAAAAUAAAGAUAACGUCGCAAUAGACGUUAGAGCGCAUGUUUCUUAUUUAAGUUCUCAUGGUUGAAAUGUUGAAUUUGAAGUUGGAACUGAUCUAGCCUGAUGCUCGUGUUGCUGCAUCCUUUGCAUUCUAUGUCACAUAUUGUAGCAUAUCCACUUGUUCAAUGACUAGCUUAUCUCCGGGUCUUUACUACUGUAGUCAAAACCUUAAUGAAACUCACUUGAAGGCUAAAAUUAAGUAUAACUGUAAGGAUGAGUAUGUAUAUGACUCAUAUGAGUGAAGGCCUAUCUGUAAACAUGCUGUAAAGGUUCGACCUUUAGUCGAUCUUUUACUUCCUUGAUAGUGUGUAUAUUUUAUUCUUAUGAUCUUCCCUGAUCUUAGACAAAGAAAACAUGUAUCACACAUUCACACUACGAUGUCUUGCUUGUUUGGUUGGUUGGUUUGGUUGACAUGACUUCUGCAUGAUACGAACAGGUUUGGGAUUAGUAUUCCAGGAGAAGAACAAAGAAAGGGUAAAUGGGUCUUUUAAGUAAGUAAAGCAAGUAGAGUCAAUAGUUGCUGAUAUCAAGAGUGCAAGUGGUGGCAACAGUUGAGGAGGAAUCGUGUCACUGUAAGAGAGAGUGAAGGGUCAGUUGGGAGGGUGGUUAUUCUGUAAAAACUCAUUGUAAGGAGAUCCCAACUUCUCGAACUGUUGGGAAAGCAUUCAAUAAAACUUAAUCAAUUGUCCAAU